UUUUCUGUUUCCUUGUUGUUUUUCAGAACUAUGUGUUUAACUUUGACUGAGGUUUAGAAAUGUCUGUAGUUGCUCACAUUGUUUCUGCAGCUCCCUGCAGUUUGAGCUGUUUAUCCACAGUGAACAGAUUCAUAUUGAGUAUUUUCCUCCAUGCGCCUCAGGCUGUCUGGCUGAGUCUGGCUGUGCAGCGCGGCUGGUUGGACGUUGGAAGCUGGAUGGCUGCAGCCUGCAGGCAGAGUUCCUCUUUAUGAGGCUGCAGCUGGAUGCGGUUAUGUAAGGAGCUGUUGUACAGCUAUUAUUAGCCUGUUACUGAGGCUCUAAAGAAACACUGUGAGGUUUACUGUUGAAGCCGCACAAAUAUGCUUUGGGAAAAUACAGACAGGUGGAGGUGGGCAGGAUGGUUUUGUAUUUAAAAAUGAAAUGCAGAUUAGUUUUGAGCAAAAGGGAAUUUUUUUGUGAAACGGCUUCCUCACUGAAAGUGAAAACUGAGAUUUGAAAUGUGAGACUCUGGUUUUCUGAGGACUUUGUGUACGAGCUUUUCUAAAUUAGCAUUUCAGCAGAUCCUUUAGCGGUUUGUUUUCUGGACAAGGCCACGUCUCCAGCCUGCAUACCCGUCACACCCAAACUGUUACAAAAUGCUGCAAAGCAAAAGUUUUACUGCAGCCUCACAAUGACGAGCCUUGAACUGAUGACUCAACAUGGAGAAAUUCAGUUUAUAAAGCUAUCAGACGGACUAUUCUAAUGCUGGUAAAUGCCAUCCAUCCAUUGUGAAACCCAGAGGUCUUUAAAAUGCGGCUCCGGAUUCAGUGGAAUCUCCAGCGCCCCCUACAGUGAGACAGGCCAAACCGCACAUCGUAGAGAUCUGAAAUCUCUGCUAAUCAAGAAAAAAAGUCUCUUGAAGUUGAGUCCUAAAAUGUACAGGGAGGCGGCCAUUUUGGAUCAAAUCAUUAUUUUUGGUCAUUUUUGACAUUUACACACCAGGAACAAUGAAAAGUUAUCAAAAUGUAACGUGUUUCAACAUUUCACCAAAAUAUGUUGUAGCAGAGGGUUUGGGCUGACCUGUGAUGAUCCUGUAUCUAAAGUAUCUAAAGUGUUUGAUCCGGAUUUAUAACGAAGCAGAGCAGGUAGCUCACCUCUGUGUUUCUGUUUCAGGACUGCUUUGAGGAUGCCUUCGAUCGGAUACCUUCGGCUUGUCAGAUGGACCUGCACACUGCCAUCCAGGAGACUCAGUGCGCUCUCAACCUCGUCCUCAACAACAGGUUCUCUCAGGCUCUGGACCUGCUCCAGCCGUGGUGGAAGCACAGCAUGUACCACGCUCUGGGCUACAGCAGCAUCCUGGUCAUGCAGGCCACCAUGACCUUUGACCAGAAGGACAUCCAGACGGCCAUGGAGACCAUCAAGCAGGCGCUGCAGACCUGCCACCGGUUCAGAAAGAGAAACUCGGUGGUCGGUUCUCUGUCCAGCCUGAUCAGCAAGCAGUCCAACUUACAGGAAGAGGAAAUGCAUGCAGAGCUCUGCUACGCCGAGUGCCUUCUGCAGAAAGCAACGCUCACUUUCAUCCAGGAUGAGAACAUGAUCAGUUUCAUAAAAGGAGGAAUCAAGAUUCGAACAAGCUACCAAAUCUACAAGGACUGUCAGAACGUGCUGAACAUCAGCCAGGACAAGGCGGAGCAGUUUAACUCCUUCAAACAGUUUGAGGGCGGAGUCAAGCUGGGCAUCGGCUCUUUUAACCUGAUGCUGUCUCUCCUUCCUCAGAAGAUUUUAAGGUUGUUGGAGUUUAUUGGCUUCUCAGGAAACAGGAGUUUUGGUUUGUCUCAGCUGAGGGAGGGAGCAGCCAGCCAAAGUUUGCGUUCGAUAAUCUGUGUGCUGACUCUGCUCUUCUAUAACACUUACGUGUCUCUGAUCCUGGGAACGGGGGAGGGGAACCUGAUGGAGGCUGAAGCUCUGCUGGAGCCGUACCAACAAAAAUACCCCAAAGGCUCCAUAAUCCUCUUCUACUCCGCUCGCAUCGCCACCCUACGAGGAAACUUUGAGAAGGCGCGGUCCAGGUUUGAGGAGUGCAUCAGCAGCCAGCAGGAGUGGAAGCAGAUCCACCACCUGUGUUACUGGGAGCUGAUGUGGACUCACUCCUUCCAGCAGGAGUGGCAGCAGGCGUACCGAUACGCUGACCUGCUGUGCAAAGAGAGCCGCUGGUCAAAGGCGAUCUAUAUGUACCAGAAAGCAGCGAUUCUCAGCAUGAUGACGGAAGACGACGUGAGGAAGACUGGCGAAGACAUCGUAGAAGUCUUUAGGCAGGUGGAGGCGCUGAAACAGCGGCUGGCUGGGAAGUCCAUCCCCAUGGAGAAGUUUGCAGUGAGGAAAUCCAGGCGCUACAAAGCUGCUCAGCCCGUCCCGCUGGUCGUUCCUGCUCUGGAGAUGAUGUACGUCUGGAACGGCUUCACCAUCGUAGGGAAGAGAGCCGACUACACCGAGUCUCUGCUGGUCACCAUCGAGAAAGCUGAGCAGCAGCUUCGCAACGACACAAAUCCGUCCGAGUUCCACCCAGACGACAGCAGCCUGGUCCAGAUGUUGAAGGGUCUCUGCCUGAAACAUCUGGGCAGGUUGCUUCAGGCUGAGCUCUGCUUCACGCAGGUCCUCUCCAGCGAGAGUCGCAUCAGGUACGACCACUACCUGAUCCCGUUCUCCCUCUAUGAGUUGGGUCUGCUGUACAAACAACAGGGCGACUUCGUUAAGGCCGCCACUUACAUUGAAAAAGCCAAGACGAACUACAAGGAUUACUCCAUGGAGUCCAGGCUUCACUUCAGGAUCCACGCGGCGCUCAGCAGCCUGAAAGGCUCGCCUGUCAGCACGCCGUGACCUCAGCGGGAAAACCUCCGGUUCUCUUCACGCUUCAGCAUUCACACUAACACAGAUCGCUUUCAGCUCCAUAAACCUGACGGAGCUGCAGCUUCAGGUUCCAGGCAGAGCUUUCCCAUUGUCCGUUUAUUCAGAAGUUAAUGAUCCAUUAAGGAAGUCAGAUUGGAUUUGUUCACAAACGGUUCUGCUGCAUCUUUCAUCACCAAAAGCACAAAGUAAAAACCAAACUUAUUAUUCCAAAAAAGAGCAAAACUUCUGGAAAAAAAUGACAAAUAGGAUUUUAACUGCCUGUCUUUGGCUUUAUUUUACUUAAAUUAUUAUGUUAAAACAGAAAUUAUGACCCUACACUACAAUAAAUAAUAAUAAAAUGUGUAUUUUUAGGAUAAACUGCUAAAUUACAGUACAAAUAGUGAAACCCUAAAGUAUGCAGUCAGUCUAAGAGGAGAAACGCGUCGCGCUACGCAGUCACAGCCUUUUCACCAGCGGUGGCCCUAAACAAAGCAGCUGAAUUCACUCAUUCCAAGCUCACACACACACAAGCUGUUUUGCACAUCUGAAGGAGAUUACACACACAAACGGCGGAAAUUGCACAUUUUUAGCAGCAAUAGAGGAUUUUUUUGUUGUUGUUAUUGGAUGAUUUGUCAGGUUUUUGUUGGGUUCAUGCUGAGAAGCCGAAGGUUUUAAUUUAUUGUUGAGUUUCUCAAACACAGAGCAGCUUUUGAUUCAGUCGAGGUUUCUGCACCAUUAGUUAGCUUAGCAUUUAGCUACCAGUUUUGCCACAUUUUAACAACUUUUUCCCUUAAAUAUCGACCCUGUGGGGUCCCACAGGGUCCGGCACUCGGACCAUUUCUAGUAUCGGUUCCUUUAAAUGAAAUGAAAACCCAAACGGUGCUGUUCUCCAGAAACGGCAGACGACUUUCAGAAAAGGCAAACAACUAAUUUUAUUCAUAGUCUAAAAUUAUUAAACUGUAACAAAAACACAGUGUUUUGUUGUUGAAGAUGAAGGAAACUCAACAUCAUCAUCUUCAUUAGUUCAGCAAAACACGUCAGCAUUUACAUUAAUGUUGUGAUUAAACAUGGAGUUCCACAAGGUUGUGUACUUGGUACGCUAUGUUUUAAAUGUACUUUUUUAGGUUGGAUAAAUAUUUUCACUUCUGUUAUAACUUAAUUACAGAACAUUACAGUUCCCCAGACAAGCUAACCAACUUGUCUUGUUAUGACAUGCUUUAAGUAAGAAACGAAGGAGCCAUGAAGAGUCGAUGGCGGUUAGUAACAGAUGAGAAAUGAGAAAUAAAAAGCAUCUGAGUGUUACAAUGGCUCGGUACCAGAACGUCUGUCGUUCAGCUUUACAUGGUACAAUCAAUGUACUCUUUGAUUAGCACAUUGAAAAUACUAAUAAUAAUAGGAAGUUUGACUGCUAACGAGAUUAAAACAUUAUAUUUUCACUGAAAAAAAAACUCAGAGGCAUUUUAGGAAACAUUUUUAGAACAAACCUCCUGAUUUUAAAUUAUGAAGCAGCAGGAUGUGGAUUCUUUAUCACUUCAGAGAGAUUAUUUUAUUUUAUUCAUUUAUUUGCAGCUCUGUCUCUGAGAAAUAAUAACCGUCACUCGCAUGGCUGCUCAGCCCUCGAAGGAUUGAAGCUUUAAUUUUAUUUUAUGUUUGUAAAGUUUUGAACAAAUUGCCUUUUUGUUUUCUGUUUUGUUGCUUUAUAGCCUGAAAUAUGCUGUAAAUCCUACAGACAUUAGAUCAAAAGUACAUUUAUAAGAAUAUGGAGAGCGACUUUAUAGUGUAUCGUAAAUGUAAGCACAAUCUAUUUUCUCCAAAACAUGGAUCAAAAAUAAUAAUUCUUUAUAUUUUAGUUCAAUGACAUUCUGAGGGAGGAAAAGCCUUGAGAGGUUUUGGAUUAAUAGAAAUGAUGAAAAUGUAUUUUUUGUUAUUUUCUGUGAGCUUGAAGUCGUUUCUGCUUCCAUUGAACCAUCAGAGCCUCUGAAUGUUUCUGUCGUCUCAACAACUUGAUGCUUCAAGUGCAGAAAACUUUGCUCGUAGUGAUUCUGGAGGAUUCGUGGCAACGAACAGAGUCUGAGAGAGAAAUGCUCCUGGAAACAGGAGAGGUCAAAGGGCAAACUCCACUUCUUUUAUUUUGAGGUUUUAAUUUGGUUGUGAUAAAACCGAUGGGAUAUUAUUUAUUUUUUUAACAAAUAGAAGUUUUUCAUUGACUGUCUGGUUGUCUUGAUUUAUUAUGAUUUAGAAUAAAUGGUGUAAAAAUUAAUGUUGUUUUGUAACAAAAUACUGAAUAACAGGAUUUCUGUGGUUAAAUGAAAUCAUUUAUGGCUUAUGGAGAAAAUUAUGAAGUUAAGAUUUUGACUGAUAAAGCAAAGUUUUGACAAAAUUUAUUUUAAAUGAUCAGGCAGGAAGUGAAAUGAAGCCUAAAUAACUAAAUAAUAAAACAAUCAAGUAAAAAUUGUUCAAAAUGAGAAAUUAAAGCUGCAGUGUUAGAAAAUUAUAUAUUUUUAAAUAUUUGUUGAAACUGUUUCCAUGUUGUGACAGAUAAUCGGUUAAAAAUAAAUAUAUUAAUCUCCCCUGGCUUAGGAGGCGGGGUCUUAGUGCUGUUAAUCAUCCUCUGUGUGAUGCUGCUCAUCCGCCUCUCUCAAUGCUAGUUAGCCUAGCCACCGAUGACAACAGAUAAACAGUUUUCCUGUAACACUAAGCAGUUUCUUUGCCACCAGCACAUUUAACAGCGAGUUCAUGAGAAUGAUUGACAGCGCUAAGCCCCGCCUCCUCGCUCUGAUUGGCUACUUUUGGUGCAUUUCUUCAGAUAGCUGCUCAGAGGAGAUCAACAUUUUCACAGAUGAUCUCUCUCAUAACAAACAUUAAAAAGAUCAUCUUAAUAAAAAUGACGUACUACAGCUUUAAAUGUUUUUUGCAGUGACUCGUUUCGUUGCCACGACCUUUGACUCCUGUAAGUGUCUCUCGGUGUUUUGUCCAGGUGAUGAACGUCGGUGCCUCUGUGUGUGUCUGGUCUCCAUUUCCAGGAUGUUGCAUGUUAUUUAAUAUAAUCUUUGGUUUUUAUUGUCCUGUUGAGAUCAAAGCCUUUUACUCUGGUGAUCAUUUGGUGCAAUAAAGUGGAAACAGGAAUGUUGUUCA